GGAUCGUCGCGGCGGGCGGCGCCGCUGUGCGGGAGGGGACGGCGGCGGCGGAGGAGGAGGCGGCGGCGGCGGGACGGGAGACGGAGGAAGGCGGCGGGGAAGCGGCAUGGGCGCCUGACGCCCGUCCCGUCCCGCCGCCGAGGGACGAUGGCGCGGCCCCGCGGCGGGCGGUGGUUGCUGGGCGUCCUCCUCGCCCUGUGCCGCUUGGCCGCGCCGCUCGCCAAGAGCCUGGAACCGGUGUCCUGGAGCGCCGGUAACCCCAAGUUCAUGAGUGGGAAGGGGCUGGUCAUCUACCCGGAGAUUGGGGAUAAACUGGACAUUAUCUGCCCCAAGGCGGAGCCGUCCAAGCCUUACGAGUACUACAAGCUGUACCUGGUGAAGAAGGACCAGGCAGAUGCCUGCAGCACCGUCAUGGACCCCAACGUGCUGGUGACGUGCAACCGGCCCGAGCAGGAGAUCCGCUUCACCAUCAAGUUUCAGGAGUUCAGCCCCAACUACAUGGGCCUGGAGUUCAAGCGGCAGCAGGAUUACUUCAUCACAUCCACUUCCAACGGGACGCUGGAUGGCCUGGAGAACCGGGAAGGAGGGGUCUGCCAGACGCGCUCCAUGAAGAUUGUCAUGAAAGUGGGGCAGGAUCCGAACGCGGUGAUUCCAGAGCAGCUGACGACGAGUCGGCCGAGCAAGGAGUCCGACAACACCGUGAAAAUCGUCACGCAGAGCCCACGCAGCAAGAUCCCAGCGGUGGAGGAGCCCGGCAAGCCAGGCUCCGUCAACCAGGACGGCCAAGAGACCCAAGGUCCCAGCGAUGGCUUCUUGAGCUCCAAGGUGGCCGUCUUCGCGGCGAUCGGUGCCGGCUGCGUCAUCUUCAUCCUCAUCAUCAUCUUCCUCGUCGUCCUCCUGAUCAAGAUCCGCAAGCGGCACCGGAAGCACACGCAGCAGCGAGCUGCAGCCUUGUCCCUCAGCACCUUGGCCAGCCCGAAAUGCAGCGGGAACGCGGGCUCGGAGCCCAGCGACAUCAUCAUCCCCUUACGGACUACAGAGAACAACUACUGCCCGCACUACGAGAAGGUGAGCGGGGACUACGGGCACCCCGUCUACAUUGUCCAGGAGAUGCCCCCCCAGAGCCCAGCCAACAUUUACUACAAGGUGUGAGGAGCAGCCUGGGCAAGCCGCCGAUGCAGGAGCACGGGAGCGCCGAGCGCGGGGGGCAGCCGCCCCCCGGGUCUCCCCACGGGCAGUCUGGCGCCAGGAGGGAGGAAGCGAAACGAACCCCACGGCACGGCGCGGGGAGCGCCAGGGUCCGGCACCGGAGAGCGGAUGGCUCGCUCGCACGCUGAUUCUCCCCUUUGUAUUUAGUUUUGUAGUUCUCAGCUUUUGUAAUCCCGAGACUCGAGGGUGAGCCUUCAGCAUCCUCCUCUUCUUCUCCAGACUGCGGCUGGCCGGGGGGGCGGGCGCUGUGCCUUUCUAUGCUCGCUCGGACACCGCCUGCAAACCCGGAGACUCCACCUCCCCUUUUUAUUUUGGGAUUUCCCUCUGUCACCCGUACGUCCUUGAGUGAAGUGUCCGUGCGCCUGGCGCCACGUCGGCCACCGCUUGGGUCCCGGAGCCUGGACCGAUGCCGGGGCCGCGGCGAGGAGCCUCAGUCCGAGGAGGAGUGAGCAGCCGCGGGGGGAGGAGGAGGAUGCUUUGCCUAGGUGCCAAGAUGCAGACAACUGUGCAGGGAGGAAGCUGGCAAACCCGAUUUACUACUACUACUAUUAUUAUUAUUAUAAUUAUUUUAAUUUUUUGUAACAUUUUUAUUUUUGUGAAUUCCGGGCGGGACUCUGCCCCACCGCCCGCCGCCUUCGGGCACAUGCCGUCGCCUCCUUCCAGCACGCCGUCCCGUCGGCCACGGGGCAGACCCUGCUGCUCCUGCCACUGCCCUUUUAAACUUUUGUGUUCGUAGCUGUUGACUCUUGUUUUAGUCUCUUUAUAAAAAGAAAGAAAGAAAAAAAAAAUAUAUCUAUACCAUGUCUCAAGCAUUCAGUGCGCAAGAGUCCGGGUGCUCCUCCUGCCCCGCGCGGAGCAGCAGCCUCGGCCCGGCAGCUCUUCCUGGCACCCGAGGACAUCCCACUGCAGAGAAAAGCUUUGGCUGAGGGGCUCCAUUCGGCUGGGGCUGAGCCGGCUGGAAGCGAGGGGGGGCGGUGGGAGGGCAGGGGGUAGCUGCAGCCCCCGGUCCCGUCCCCCAGCCGGCGAUGCUGCGGGUGGCUGUCCUUGGAAAGGAAAACUGGAAAACAAACGUUCCCGACCCGCAGCCUGUGCCGGGGGCAGCUGGGGGUGUCAGGAUGAGGCCGGCACUGGGGCCGGCUGUAGUGCUGGGCUCGGCUUGGUUGGGUGCUGAGCCGAAGGCUUCUCCACCCGCCUGGUUUAGCAGGAGAACCCGGUGCCGCUCUGCGGGAGCUGCCUUUGGGCCCCGGCCCCAGCAGUGCCUGCCCCUGCCCGGGCUCCUGGCGCAGGAGCAUCACCCGACCGUCCGCCUCCCGGGGCAGCAGCCCGGGCUCGCUCUGCCCCUGCCUUGCCCGUCUUCUGCCCGAAACUGGAAGGGGCUGAGCCCUGGGCUCUUCUGGUGGGACCAUUCCCAGCUUCCCCUUCCCAGGAGGACCCGCCAGCACCGCAGCUGAUGCCGGUGAGCGCAGCGGGGCUGGCGGUGCCCUGCCACCCGCCUGUCCUCGGGCCGUCCUAGCCUGGGGGCUGGUGGCCGCCCCCUCCUUCCUCGCUUUCUUUUCCUUCCAGAAGUAGCUGCUUUUGCUCAGGGAGCAAGCGCGGGGCAGGCGGUGCCGCUCCCCCGGGGCGGCUCGCCACACUGCCGGGCGGAGGGUUUGCGGUGGCACGGGGCUGCCUGGUCUGAUUUGUCCUUGCCUGUCCCCAGGGCCCCGAACCCCGCGUUAGGAAGUGCCCAAAGAGCGAGAGAGCUGCUCUGCACAAGUGCCUUGGCGAGGAGCGGGCAGGGGCGGCAGGAGGGGCAGAGCAGGGGACGGUGUCGGGCGAAAGCUGGUGGCGCUGCCGGGGCAGGAUGCUGCACUCGGGGUUUGGCUUCAGUCCUGAGCAUCCCUUGGCGUUGCGAUGUUUGGUUUGGGUUUUUUUUUUUUUUUUUUGAAGGUGGGAGAAAGCAGGAGCUUGGGCUGGAGCGGAGCAGGCUGCCCCAGCUCUCCUCCCACUUUGGCAUCCCGAGGUGAGGACGGCUUCAGGGCCCUAAACCGCUCGCCACGCUCCGGAGAGAAGAGCCGCAGCGGGUGCUCCCCCUUGCCCGGCCCUUCUCCCUGCUCCCCCAGCCCCCAGCACUGCGCCCCCCCUCUGUGUAGCACCUUUCGGGCCCCUCGCCUCCACGGCAUCCGUGCCAGCAUCGCCCACGCUGGAGCCACCCCAGCACUGCGGGACCCCCCCGUUCUGCACUGGGGGACGGGGUCUGCUCUUGGAAAUGACAGAAAAUUGUGUCUUAAAGAAAAUCCCCCUUUGCUUCCCCUCUUCCGUCGGCAAAAUCGCGACCCGCAGUUCCCAAAGCGAGCGGAGCCGCAGCUGGGCGGUGGUGGUGGCGGUGGAGGAUGCUUUAUCCGUGGCCGGGGAGCAGCGGCUGGCGUGGAGGAGGCGGCUGGGGGAUGAUUUAGUUUUGGUUUGGUUUUGGAGGAGAAGGGAAGGAGCCUGGCCACGAGUUGUACCAAAAGCAGUCUGACGGCGCGGGGUGGCUUCCCACGGUGGCUCUUCGCGGUGGCUGUCCCCAGCCGAGCCGUGGUCAGCGGCCCCCGGCGGCUCCGCUCCUGUUGGUGGGGGGCAGCUGAGAAACCUUGUAAAUAUGUGAAGAAAGGGUGAAAUCUGAACUCUUGGUUUUUGCUGAGCACCUCGGUCUGCUGGGUCCUGAAAACGGAGUGUGUCCCUUCGGUUCUUUUCAUGGAAAGCAUUGAAGUUUGGUUGGUUUCUUCUUUUUUUUUUUUUUUUUGGUUUUUGUUUUGUUUUGUUUUUUCUGUUUUGUUUGUGUAAAUACUAGUCUUUUUUGGAAGAAAUAAUGUAAAGAUGUUUUGUAUAAACUCUGAAUUAUUUUCUGGUUGCUUUUUCUUAGAAAAACAAAUGAGAACUAAAAAAAAAAAAAAAAAGAAAUUUUAACCACAAGAACGGGUGUAAAACAUUGUCAUACUGCGCUCAGCCCCGGAGCAGCCCUGCGGGGCUGUGCUGGUGUGCGGGCGCUGCUGGGCAGAACGGCUGUUGGGGGGCUCGGUCCCUCUGGGGGGGCCGGGCCGGGGGGCCGUGCCCUCGAUAUAAUGCAGGAUGUGCCGGCCCCCAAGCAGAGAGCGAGGCCGGGAGCCCCGGCUCUGCCCCGGUGCGGCUGGUCGUGCCCCUUGCCGCCGGCACAGCCCCGGCGCUCGCGGCAGAGCCGGACCUGGCUCCUUCCCGCCCUGGGUCCGGGCAGCGCUUUCAGCCCCGUCCUGAGCCCGGGCAAGAGACUUGGUAACACAAGGUGAACUAAAGGAGCAUCAAAUUUAUCUCCUUUUUUUGUCUUUAACCAAAAAACCUGAACCUCGGGAUGUGUAACUCAGCGCAGCAUCCUGAGAUCCCGAUUUCCAGACCUGCGGAGCUGCUGCUCUUGCAGAUCCUUUUCCCAGCUGUCCCGGUUUGCCCGUUGCCGCCUGCAAGCACGCCGUAGCCCGAUCUCUGCUUGGUGCCCGGGCCGGGGGGCGGCUCGCUCCUCUUCAGCAGCGCCCAUGUGUUGUACAGGGCAGCGCCAAGGGUCCCUCCCUCGGGGAGGUGGCCGUGCCCACCACCGGCAUGCCCGGCACGUCCCCGGGGGGCAGCCGGGAGGCGGGUGGGAGCUCCUUGGAGUCCGGUUGCUCCAGGAGCCGGGCAGUUGCCUGUGAGUCUGCAUUAUAUCAGCAGAGGGUCGGGGAGGGGGGGGGGGGCUGCUGCUGCAGCCUCUGCUGCCCUGGGGGGGUUUGGAGGUGCUGGAGCAGGGCCGGUCCUCCUUCCCUCCCGGCUGCGCCGCGCACCAGCACACCCGCACCGCGCGCUCCCACAUUUCAGAGCUGUGACCACGUCUACAUCCCACGGCAUCGCAUCCGCGCCCUCGCCGCGGUCCCGCGUCCCAAGGGGGGAAGUUCCCCAUGUUCCCGGGUGGCCCCACGUUGCACGAUCAACCAGCCGCGGGGCUGCAGCCCCGACCCUGCGCCCGGCUGCCUUUGAGGCGGUGCCGGCACCGCUGGAGCAUCUGGGCUGCCAGAUUUUCCCUGUCCAUCCUCCACCGCCCUUAGCCGGGAGGUGAAUUCGGACUUGGAGCCUGGAUGCGCCGGUCCCGCUGCCGGUGCAGGGACGUGGGAUGGGGGCUUCGGCCAGGGGCCGGGAAUUGCCGCUGGCGAGCAGCAGGAGGGGUUUGGGCACCGCACAGCUUGGCGGUGCAGGGGACGCCGGGGCUUCGGCCGUGGCACGGAGGGAACGAGGACCCUCUGUGCCAGCACCUCCUCGGGGUGGGGGGGCACGUCCCGGAGUGGGGCUCAGCAAUCCCGCGCUGGUUGAUCGUCCUCGGCUCCCGUGGGGCUGCGUCGGUGCGCGGGGCUCCGGCGGUGCCGGAUGCCAGGGUCCUGUCGGCCGCGCUCCCCAGCGCCGCAGACUUUUGUUUCUUCGUGUCAUGUUCCUCUUUUUGAUUCCUUUCGCCUUCUCCCCAGCUCUCCCGCCCAGUAGCAUAUCAUCGGCAUCGGUAACCAGCUCUGUGGCAUCUGAACUCCAUGGAGCCGUGAUGGAACCUGAUAUAUUGUUAAAUAAAAGGGUUUUUUUCCUAUGGAAA